AUGAAAAGGUCCGCACGCAAGAAAAGGUUCACCCGAGGAGAGACUUCCCAACGCAGCCGCGUUCUUCGGGCGGCGAGCCGCGGCCAGUCCUGUCGCGCCACGUGUCACGCUGCCGCUCCAAAAGCUCAGGGGUUUGCGAAUAGAACUAGUGAGGACGGUUCCGGGAAGGAGAACGGCCCAAACAAAGGAAAGGCGAAGAAGGGUGCUUUGAGCGAAAACCUCGCAUUCGGAAUGAACACAUCAGAGGGGCAGGCCCCAGAACAGUCGUUGAGGAUGCAGAAAAGCGGGACGGCUAAAGAUGCUCUUCUGCCCCUUCCGGUCGGUCACUCCGUUCCGGUUCCGGUCGAAAUUCCUCCCGCUUUGAAGGCAGAAGCUCCGGGGCUGGUACGCGACGUCACUGCCCCGGACGCCGACGUCAGCACCACGGCCCGAGAUGCGACCCCCACGCUGACGUCAUCCCCUCCAAAGCAAACGUUUUCGCACGGACGGAGGACCUGCUUCCGGCCGAGCACUUGCGAGAACUUCGGAGGGGCAAGCCUGAGGAGCCCGGUGAAGGCCCCUGAGGGCGAGAAGCGAAUUGGGCGGACGGAGGAGCCCUCCCGGCGGAACGAAGGGGUGCGGAAGCGGAAGCCCAAGCAGAAGCUGUCGCUGAGCCCGAAGGAGCGGUACAUUGGGAUUAUGGAGAACGUCCAAGAGCCCUGUCCGCAUACUGUCCGCAAAUUAAAGGAGGAGGGCAAGUCGGACGACCUGGAGCAGCCCCUUUUGGUUUGGACGCAGACAACUUUUUUGCAAACGGCAGGAUGCCGAACGUCAACGGAACCGGAACGCGGGCGCGAGUUACGUAAUCAAAGCUGCGGCCCGGGAGCGCUCCAAAGGAUCGCGCGGGCGCAGGCGCGCAGAGGAGGCGCGGAGAGCAAGGGGGCGACUCAGCUGGGCAAUGGCGAAUGGCUCGUGCCAAGAUGA